AUGUUGCGAGAAGUUGUGUACAGUGUCGCAGGGUUCGUCCUGCUUGCCUAUGCGGCAGAAUGGAUUCUCUCACUGUUCGAUGAUCCACGGGAGCCCAAGAGACUGCAGUCGAAAAUACCGCUCUUUGGUCACUUAUGGGGUAUGAUGAAGUAUAGCUCUGGCUAUCAUGGAAUCACGAGCAAACAAACAAACGAGGAGAUGUACACAGUCGCCAUCUUCAACACAAAGCUCUACAUCGCCAAAACAUCCCGUCUCAUCCCUCUGAUCCAAAAGACCUCCAAAACGCUCUCCUUCCGACCAUUUAUGCAAACAGCCGCCAAACUCAUGGGUGACGCGAAACCCGAGACAUUUGAAGUCUUUGGUACUGAAUGGGUUGAUUCUUUUAGCCACGCUCACAAAAAUGGUCUUGCUACGGGGCCGUUCCUUGAUGAGCAGAAUCUUCGCAUGGGAGAUCGUGCUUUGAUCGAUAUUGAACAACUUCUUCCCGAGGACAAAGAUGGUGUUUCAAAGGUAAACUUGCUGGACUGGGCGCAGUAUGCUGUUGUGCAGGCUAGUGCGUGUGGAAUCUUUGGUGUAGAGCAUCCUUUCCUUGAUCCAAAGGUUGACGAGGCAUUUUGGAAAUGGCAAUCAUAUCUCCCUCUUCAUAUGGUAAACCUCGAUAUCACUGGCAAAGGCUACGCUGCCCGCCAAAUUGUCUUUGAUGCUUUCCGCAAGUAUAACAAAAAUCUUCCCACUGAUGUAUCAUUCAUCUACAAGGAACGUCUCCGAUCUAUGCAAGAAGCUGGAAUUGAUGAAGACGACAUUUGUAAGCAACAAGCUACUUUCGGAACUGCUGCUUUCGCCAACACUGUUCCUAUCAUGUACUGGACUAUCUAUGAACUCUUUUCUCGACCUGAUCUUCUUGAAGAAGUGCGAAAGGAAGUCAUUGAGCAGGCUGUCAGCGGAGAUAAGGGAUCUGGCUUCAAAGUUGAUGUCGCUGCUCUGAAGACGAAAUGUCCUUUGACAUUAUCUGUAUUCCAGGAGACUCAAAGACUACGACAUGUCCACGCCAACAUCCGCAAAGUAACAGAAGACACCCUCCUCGAUGGAAAAUACCUCCUCAAAGCAGGCCACUACGUAAUGAUGCCAGGUCAACCCGUCCACACCAACACAUCAACAUGGGGCCCCACCGCCGACCAAUUCGAUCCGUAUCGCUUCACCAAAGACUCAUCAGACCGAAAGGCUAGCAGCUUUGUAGCUUGGGGCGCACCGCCGCAUCUUUGUCCAGCGCGUCAAUUCGCCACGACUGAGAUUCUCAUCGUGAUUGCGCUCCUUGCUGUGAGGAGCGAUAUUGCCCCUGUGAAGGGGGAGUGGGUGAAGAAUCCGGCGCUGAAUACGGGGGAUAUGGCUACUGUUUAUACGCCGAAGAAAAGCGUUGAGGUGGAGGUUAGGAAGAGGGAUGAUUGGGAUGGGGAGUGGAGUUUGAUGAUGGGGGAGAGUAAGAUGAGAAUUUCUCUUGCUUCUGGUUAG